AUGGAUCGCGAUCGAGACUCGCGGGCCCGCCGAUACGACGAAGGCGAAGUGGUCAGAGAACAGGAUCGGGAAAGAGAGCGGGACUGGGAUCGCGACCGCAUACGUGACAGAAACCGCGGUUUUGAUAGGCGUGACGAAAGGAGGAGAUCGCGGUCACCCUUCAUUCGAGAGAGGCGGGAUAGAAGCCCUCCUGGCAGAUCUCCAUUGCCAGCUUCACGAGUAGGAUCCUACAGGCCCCGAUCUCGUUCACCGAGCCGAAGUCGAUUGGGGGAGAGACAUCAGCCUUACCGACGAGCUUCCCCGGUUAGAGAAUCUGCCAUCUCAUCAGCUAUUACAUCACAGCCGGCGUCAGAAAAAGCAUCUCCGCGACCUGGCUCCGCAAGAGCCCGGUCACCAUUGCAAUCGCGGGAACAGUCUCCCCAUCGCGCAACAGCAUCAGGAUCCGGCUCGGCAAGGGAUACACCUCGGCCCGGCCCUUAUGACCCUUGUUCUGCAUCAAAGUCACCACCCCGCGGGCCAGCUGCCCUGAGAGGUCCUCCUGCUGGGCCAUGUGCAGGUCGAAGUUUGUCCACAUCUGUAUCUUCUCCUUUACCGUCUGGCUCCAAAAAUCCACAAACUCCGGGUCGAACGGACGGCCAGAGUCCGACCAAUCCCCCGUCUGGGCCAAGAGGCUACGUCCCUCCCCCACGGGGCGUUUACGGAAGUCGUCUCGGCGGACGUGCCAGUUGGAGUCAGGCCCCUUCCCGACAGCUGUCUGGGUUGUCACCUUCGCCAAGCGCCGCAGCUGGGCCAACGGCGAUCCCCACGGGGCCUCGCGGUACACCGUCAAAUACUGGCGGCGCGUCCUCUACACCCACGCAACCCAGAGGGUUCAACCCGCCCACAGGUCCCGCGUCACAGCAUGGCAGUGGACCGCGGCAGACCCUCGCACAGAGCCUGCUAUCAACCAUGCCGCCCAUCGUCCCCGGCGGCAAGCUUGACCCUUCCAUGGCACCCCUCACCCUUGGAGUAACCCGCGAACUCGAGCCUCACUACAAAAAAAUGCGUGACGAGGAAGAGAAGUUGCGUGAUGAACUCCGACUGAAGCAGGAGCGCCUGCGAAAGACGCUUUACAUGUGGGACCGGCUAGAGCGCGAAUCGCGUGCGUGGGAGCUGAGAAGCGACUUGAGUGAGAGGAGCAUGAAGAAUCUUGCAGGAGAAGGUAUCGGAGGGGCUGCGUUUUGA